UUUAUCCCCCAUUCUCCAUCCUCUCACCCACCUCAUCCACCCAAUUCCUCCGUAAUGAAUCCCGUCCGCUCCAUCACCCACCGAAGCGGAAGUCUCUCGCGACUCGCCCAAAUCCAACAAUGGCGAUGUCUCCAUAGCUCGGACAGAUGGUCCGCCACGCCCAUCUCGCACCUCGUCGCGCCCGUCCCACCCCCCGAAGCACCGCAGGCGACCCGAACCCCGGCUGAAGAACGGUUGGAUGCGAAGAGGAAGCGGGCGGAGUUGUUGGAGAGGGGCCGGGAGGCGCGAGUCAACCCUGCGAAGCCGGGGACGGCGCUGCAGAAGCGGUUUUGGAAGACGGUGUCAGUGAAGGAGACAAAUGAGGGUCUACAGGUAAUGCUGGACCACCGCCCGGUCCGAACCGCAAAGACACGCGUCGUCGUCGUCCCGCAUUCGAAACCACAACUCGCGACUGCGAUUGCGCUCGAAUGGGAUCAAUUGGUCAGCGCGCAGCAGGCGCUCAAGCACCACUACAUCCCCUUGACAUCGCUCUUCUCCCGCGCCGUCGACAUACAAGAGGCCGAUGCGCAGAACCUCCCGAAGCUCCGCAACGACAUCGUGAAAAUGGCGCUGGGCUAUCUCAGCACCGACACGCUCCUCUGCUGGGCGCCCGAACGCAGCAUCCACGAGCCAGAAAACGCGGAUGAAAAACCCCGCUCACUACGGAGUAUGCAGCGACAGAUCGCGGAGCCGAUCGUCGGAUAUCUCACUGCGACGGUCUGGCCUGGCAUCGAGCUGAAACCCACCUUGGAGCCCGACUCCAUCCUCCCUAUACCCCAGCCGACACUAACCACGGAGGUGAUCCGCGGAUGGGUGUCUGGACUGCCUGCGUUUGAGCUCGCGGGUCUCGAGCGAGGGAUCCUCGCGAGUAAGAGCCUGCUGGUCGCCGCGCGGCUGGUGGCGGAGUGGAGCCAGGAACUGGGGCUGGCGAAAGGGAAGGCGGGAAGGGAGAGGUUUGGGAUCGAGGAGGCGGCGGAGGCGGCGAGUGUGGAGGUGAAGUGGCAGACGGAUAAUUGGGGGGAGGUGGAGGAUACGCAUGAUGUGGAGAAGGAGGACUUAAGGAGGCAGUUGGGGAGUGUUAUAUUGCUUGUGAAUGGGAGCAAGGGGAGCUAGAGGGGUUUCGGAUAGCUGCGGCAGAUAUACGGACCUUAAUCAUUGAUGGAAUGUUAGGACUACAUGUAUUAUAGAUAGACCAAAUGAAGCGAGACGCUCACAUAUCUUACCGGUUUUCCUUGGAGGGGCCAUGGACGCGAAUAUACCGGUAAUGUAGGUCCAACGAUCCAUUGUUAUAUGUAUGCCCAUUCAACCGAAAGCCAUUGGGCGGCUGAUAGGAUAAAAGCACCAUACUCCGUAUUAAUAAUGUAGUAGCCG